AUGAGCCUCAAAUUUACUACUCUCGACGUUUUUACAAAAACUCCCUUUGGAGGCAAUCCAUUGGCCGUGGUGACAAUCCCACCACCAAGCCAGCGUCCUACUCUCACCCAAGAUCAAAAACAACGCAUUGCCCGUGAAUUCAACCUUUCAGAGACUGUCUUUAUUCACGAUGUCGAAAAUCGAUCUGAGUCAAGCAAAAGACAAAUUGACAUAUUCACACCCAAAGCGGAACUACCUUUCGCUGGCCAUCCCACCAUGAGCACUGCAAUCUUCCUCCGUUCUCAGGGUGUCGAGACUAUAGUCGCCAAGGCAGGGGAAAUUAACAUUGAAUUCGAUACGAAUGGCUCUGCACGUGCUGCUAUUCCACACAAUGUGCGACUUCACGCUCAUCGUCUCACUCAGCCCGAGUAUGAAGCUGGUUCGGAUGAUCAGAUCGCUCAAGUCGCUGCAGCUGAAAAUGGCGCCCGGCUAUUUAGCAUUGUUAAGGGAAUGACUUUUGCGCUCGUUGAGCUACCAUCUCUGGAUAUGUUGGGCGCUGCAAAAAUUGGAGCAAUGUCGUACAUCUCCGGAGACCUGCAAGAUAAAGGGUGGAAACAUGACUUUGACUCGAGAAGGUACUAUUUCGUUCUUCUCGACAGUGAAAGGUCCUCUGAUGGGAACCAACUUUUGCAAAAUCUCCGGACAAGACUCGUCAAGCGUACAAUGGAAGAUCCGGCUACGGGAAGUGCUGCAUGUGCAUUGGCUUGUUAUUUAGCACUGCACAGGUUCUCCAUUGACAAUAUCCAGUUUAAAAUCACCCAAGGUGUUGAGAUGGGAAGGGAAAGUCUAAUUACAGUUGAUGUUACUGUUGAAAAGAAUGGUGAUGAAGAGCGAAAGAUCAAAACGGUUCAUCUUGGGGGCACUGCAGUUGAAGUUAUGUGUGGAACCCUGCGUAGUCGCCUUUGA